AGUCCUUUCGGCUGUCAAGGGGGUGACCUUGCGCCAAUGUUCCGCGCCAGUGACAUCCAUGGCGCACCCGCUGGGCCCAGAGGUCCAGCCGCCAACGUCAUGAGCAAAGCGCCUGUCCCGGCGCCAGCCGCGGCGGGUCCGGCCGCGGCCGUGGUGCCACCGCCUCCAUGGGCUGUGGGGAAAGGUGGGCCAGGUAGACCCAUGCCGCCACCGGUGCCACCAGGUGGCAAGAGCUGGGGCAAAGGGCCUGGUCCCUGCGGGCCUUGCGGUCCUUGUGGGGGUGGCCCCAUGAACGACGGCUGGAAUGAUGGGUCUGGCUGGGAUAGCAGCUGGGAUGGCGGCUGGGACGGUGGCUGGGAUGGCGGCUGGGAUGGGCCCGGCUGGGAUGGGCCCGGCUGGGGUGAACCUUCCGGCUAUGGACCCGAACCAACACCUCCAGCCCCAUCACCCGGUCCUUAUGGCAAAGGGAAGGCGCCGCAGGCGCCGCCACCCGUGCCAUCAGCACCCAUGAUGCGACCGAAGGGAUGGGCGAGGGGUGGAAGUCCCAACACGGUCACAUUGCUGGGUUCUGGAAGUUUAACACCAGGGAUCGAGAAGGAGAUCGAGGAGCAAGCCCGACAGCUUUGCAUUCAGCACUCCUUCAGUACUCCCGAUGACGUGAGAUAUGUGUCACCUUCUGUGGUCUUGAUCGACUUCCCAUACCAGGAAGCCUGUCGCGACUUUCUUCGUGUCUCAAACGGACAGCUUCAAGUGCGACAGUGGGUCUAUAGACUGCAACACUCUUCCAUGGUUUCAGAGGCAGAUGCUGAAGCAGCUUUGGUGGAGAGUGUGGCAGCCGAGGAAAAUCCAUCAGACACGCUGAUGGUGAGGCUUAUAGGAGAGCUGGAGGAACACCAGAUCAAGAAAGCAUUCCAAGCGCAUGUGCCUCUAGUAAAGGCGGUGCGCAUGAUGCUUGAUCGAUCGACAAGGAAGUCAAAGGGCUUCUGUUUCGUGAGUUUUUACUCUGUGAGUGAUGCUAUGACUGCAAGAAACCGGAUGGUUGCAGCAGGAUCUAUGAUUCAGUCAAGAAAGGUGGCGGUGACCUUUGCGAAACCUCAGAACCAAGAGCAGGCCUUGGAAAGUAAUCUCAACGCCAAAGCUGAGCAGGAUGUGAUUCAGGCGCAAGCAAAGCAGGCCCUCAGUGGUCUCAAUGCAGAAAUGUGGUCUUCCUACAUGCAAUUUUGCGAGGAAGAGAAAGAAAAGGAAAGUAGAGAGAAGCAGGCGCUGUUAGAAGCACUUGAAGCCAAGAAACGCGCCCUUAGAGAAGCAGCCGCAGCGGCUGAGUCUGAAAACUCAGCUGGCGGUUCGUAGCGGUGUGGCUGAGAAACUUGCCACCGGAGAUUGCGCAUCAAUAUACCUGAGAAAAAA